GUGAUGGGUGGUCAAUGGUACGAUGCUAAUAUAUCAUUGCCAGGAUGUGACAAAAAUAUGCCAGGUCAAAGUACUUGUGUAUUGGGUAAAUUGGAUAUCGUAUCAGCGUUUCAAGUAUAUGGCAGUUAUAUUUCUGACAAGAUUAAUGAAGAAGAAAGAUUGACAUUAUAA